AUGCGUUCAUCUAACUUCCUCAAGCUUGCAUGCCUUCUUUCUGUUAUUGGAGGCUCAAUUUCUCGGCCCCAAGGUGCACCCGAAGCGGCCUCGGAAGAGAGUUCCCUCUCUUUGGCUGCCACCGCGCCGACACCUGCUCCUAACACCACACCAGGCGAAGAUGGAACGACCCCACCUGGAGCCGAAGGAGAAAAGCCUCCGACUCCCCCUACCAAAUCUAAACGUCCAGGUGGAGGAAAGAAGGCCGGUCCUCCGGGGAAAGAUGCUAAGAAUGUGGGUCCGCCGGGUCCCCCAGGGCCCAAGCCUGACGGUCCAGGAGAUGAUGCCGGGCCAUCGCCUGUUGAUCCUCCGGCACCAGGAUCGGUAGGAGGCCCCGAAGCCCCCCCUCCACCACCACCGGCAGCAGCCCCCGGAGCACCUCCACCACCGCCGGCAGCAGCCCCCGGAGCACCUCCACCAGCACCGGUGGCAGCCCCCGGUGCUCCCCCUCCACCAGCCCCCGGAGUUCCUCCGCCUCCAGGACCAACGACUCCCGGAAAGGACGCCGGUCCACCCGGGAAGCACGCUGGCCCGCCUGGGAAGGAUGCCGGUCCGCCUGGGAAGAACGCUGGUCCACCUGGAAAAGACGCUGGUCCACCUGGAAAGGAAGCUGGUCCACCUGGAAAGGACGCUGGCCCCCCCGGGAAGAACGCUGGUCCACCCGGAAAAGACGCUGGUCCCGGCAAGGGCGCUGGCCCGGUUGGUCCACCUCCACCGAAUGGAGCCAUCCCACCACCUCCGACAAAGGAUGACCCAGCGCACAAAAACCCAGAUCCUAAGAAGCCCGACGGUCCUCGACCUCCUCCUGAUGGAAAGAAAGGAGACGACAAGGGACCUGGUGAUAGGGUUCGUUAG